AUGAACUUCCUCUUUUUAUUAUUCUUAUGUUUUACAUUUAAGAUUAUUGAUUGUUCAUCAUUGAAUCAACAACAUGAAGAUCUUGCAACUAUUUCCAUUGAUACAAAAGCUUCGAUUGCUGAGACAGAUGAGGAUUAUAUUUGUGCUACAAUGGACUUUUACAUGUUUAUCCCUGAACCAGCUUCUCUUUUAGAUGUUGAUCUGAACAACAAAAUCCUUAUCAAUGCAGUUAAAGCAUUCUCUCCCCUAAUAUUGAGAUUAGGAGGAACACUUGAAGAUAAACUGUCAUAUGAAGAGAAGGGACAAAAGCAAUGUGUAGGUUUUGUUCCAGACCCUGCUGAGAUGUUUGAGUUUAAACCAGCAUGUUUACCUAUGGCUAGAUGGGAUCAACUUAACAAUUUCUUCGACCAAACGGGGGUAAAGGUUGUUUUUGGCUUAAACGCUCUUUAUGGGAAGAAGAUAGUAAACGGUAUAACUCAAGGGCUUUGGGACUCUAGUAAUGCUGAGACCCUUAUAAGGCAUACAGUCAACAAAGGCUAUAACAAGAUUAUUGGAUGGGAGCUUGGGAAUGAGUUGAAUGGUGCAGGAGUUGGUGCAAGUGUUCCAUCUGAUCAAUAUGCAAAAGAUGUAAAUACCCUCCAAAAUUUGGUGCAGAAGAUAUAUAAUAGCUCUCAGAAUAAACCUAUAGUGUUAGGUCCAGGAGGCUUUUUUAAUUCACUUACUUGGUUUGAAGAUUUCUUGAAGAAAUCAACUAAUACUCUUCAAGCAGUCACUCACCAUGUCUACAAUCUUGGCCCAGGUGAGGAUGAGCACAUGAUGAACAAGAUUUUCGACCCGGUCUAUUUGGAUACCGGAGCUCAAGUAUACCUAGACUUGCAGAAUUUGCUAGGGAAAUUAAAGAGCCCGAUUGUAGCGUGGGUAGGGGAAGCUGGAGGUGCUUGGCAUGGUGGCCAUGAUCUUGUCACAAAUGUUUUUGCUUCAGGCUUUUGGUUCUUGGAUCAACUAGGAAUGGCAGCUACUUUUAACACGAAAGCAUUUUGUAGACAGGCUUUGAUCGGAGGACAUUAUGGCUUGCUUAAUACCACUACUUUCCUUCCAAAUCCUGAUUACUAUAAUGCCUUGCUUUGGCAUCGCUUGAUGGGGAAACAAGUUCUAGCGACUAAAGUAAUUGGGAAUCCCAAAAUUCGUGCUUACACUCAUUGCUCAAAACAAUCGGAAGGAAUUACAUUGCUGAUAAUCAACUUAGAUAAUAAACCCUUCAAAAUAAGUGUUGAAACACAAGAUGGUCCUAUCACUAAUCCAUCAAAACCAACUAUUACAACAGAAGUGUACCAGUUGACAGCUCCAAAUGCAGAUUUGCGCAGCAAAACAGUAUUAUUAAAUGGCCAAGCUUUAUUACUAACUUCACUGGGUGAAAUCCCACAAUUGAUACCUCAGAAAGUAAGCUAUGGAUCAACCAUAGAUGUUGCUGCUUACUCAAUUGUGUUUGUGCAUUUUCCAGAAAUUUCUUCCCCUGCUUGUAAAAUGUAAGAGAUUUAUUGCACUCGAAAUUCGUUAGGCACACCCGGGUGUAUGUACUUGAUACUCUUAUAUAUUUUUUUCGAACACUUUAUAUGUAUAUGUAUAUGUUUUUUUUCCUUGUGUAGAGAGAUCAGAGAUAUAAGGGAAACUGAUGUAGACGGGAUCUUAUCCCAAGUCUAGGGAGCGUUGCUUCCCUAAAGUUUAACCAGCAUAUGUAAUUAUGUAUAUGUGUUGUAUACGUUUGUCCUUUUUUUUUUUUUAUGAUAAGGAGAGAAAACUUAGGAAGACCCUUCAAUCAGGGGCCAACCUAAAACAUACUUGCGGAUGAAAAGAGAAAAAUCAAUAUUAUAAGGAGGAUAAUUAUAGACGAGAUCAGAGUGAGAGUGUCCACGAUGCGCCAUAAGGUCCGCUGUCUUGUUUGCUUUCCGAAAACAAUGAUGAACCUGAAAAUUAUCAAAUUUAAGCAGAUUAGCUGACAUCUAAAAUAAUAUUAUUAAUUUCCCAGGGGACUUUUCAGAUUUUCCUAAUAACAUUAAUAACAGCAGCGAGAUUAUCGCC